UAGGAGCGAUCCCACAAAUGGGCAAUGCAAGUAUUGUACGAUGGUCGGACAUUUUGUGCGAGCGUGUCCAAGACUUAACCAUGAUAUCAUGCACAAGAGGUGCUCCAAAACGUUACGAGGAGAGAUCAUAGGCCCCCGAGGAGAGAAAGUGAAUUGGAACUCCUUGGGUGGGAUGCAUCCACCCGUAAUCGCACUUAACAACCUCGACGUCGCCACAGUAGAGGCCCAGCCCAUGGAGGAACUCGCCUGGGAACAAACGCGAGGACGCGGACCGCAGGCCAAUUUUAUUUUAAAGAAUGACGGGCGAGAUAGGGUGAACGUGACCACCAAGCAGCGAACAACAGAAAAGAAGGUCGUACAGGACGCCGUCAUGGAAGAUGUUGGGGAUAGCCCGGGGAUGCUACAAGAAGUUGAGGCACAGGAGCAAGAGAAAGUUUAUGGGAAACCUAGAGAGGAGGCUUCGGUAGACAAAGCUGCCACGGCCAGAAAGAAAUUCCGGUAUCAGAUCCCCAUCCUAACUAUGCCCGAGAUCGAUGACACCCUUAGCAAGUUGUUAGGGACCAUGGUGUCGGUCUCUUUUCAAACCAUGUUGCAGGCAAGUCCUAGGCUUCUGAAAGGCCUUAGACAGUUGAUGACGAGGCGAAGAGUAGAGGUAGAAGAAGGGUCGGAACGGCAGGAGGAAGAGAAGGAAGAGGAAGCGCCGCGAGAAGUCGCCAACCUCCAAAGGACCCUCGGGGACCUGGAAGAGCUAGAGAAGGUCUUCGUAGAUAUCCGGCUAAGCCUGCCAGACCGUGAAGGUGGCGAAGUUAUGAGAGCACCACCAAGAACAAAACUUAGCUUCCACACACUACCGGUGGGUAAGCUGAAAGUCCAGAUCGGAAGCCACCACACCAAUGCGCUCGUAGAUGGAGGGGCUGAAAUAACACUCAUUAGAAAAAACUUUGCAAAGAUUAUAAGAUGUCCAGUAAACAAAGAGACAACGGGAAGCGUCCAUGGGGCAGGCGGAGAAAUUCCCUUCUCCGAGUAUGUUACUAAGUGGGCAGUCAAGGCCGGGGUUAGGGAGUCCAUUUGGUCGUUCCAACGGAUGACUGUCAUGGACGAAAUGGACCAUGACAUAAUCCUUGGGAGACCUUGGUGUACGAAUGUAGAGAUGAUCAGAAUGCACCUGCAUGAUGGAACAUACAUGAUAGACAUAGAAGACCCGGUGACGAGAUGUGGUGAGCUACUCCGUGUCAUCGGAAUAGGCGGUGACACAGCAAAGGAGAAACUAGCGACAUGAUCGCCAUCGUUCGAAGAAAGUGCCAGAAAGGGGGCGUUCACAUGAAUGAAAGAAAUAAGGGAAA